AUGAAUUGGGCGGUUCAAUUUAUUGGUACACCGCAAUUUCAAAGGUUAAAAGAAAUUAAACAAUUAGGUGCUACCUAUUUUGUUUUUCCUGGUGCAAGUCAUAAUCGCUUUGAACAUAGCUUAGGAACAGCACAUCUUGCUUAUACAUUUGCAAAAACAUUAAUGCAACAAGGCGCUGAAGGAACGGAAAAUGAUCUUAAAUGUGUGACUUUGGCAGCUUUAUGUCAUGACCUAGGUCUCGAUAAAAAAUGGAAGCACGAAAACGGGUCAGUAACUAUGCUAGGUCAUCUUAUUGAAGAACUGAGAGAAUCAGAAUCGGUUUCUUUCAACCUAGAAACAGAAGAUGAAAAAUUCAUCGAAGCGCUUAUUUUAGGAGAAUCAGUUGGAUUUGAUAGGCCCAAAUAUCUAUUUGACAUAGUCAAUAAUAAAAAUAAUUCUGUGGGUGUUGACAAAUUUGAUUAUAUUAGUCGAGAUUUUGACAGAAUAGUAACUAACCUUAAUGUAGACAGAGCAAUCAAUUAUAUGAUAGCAGAUGCACUUGUGAAAGCUAAUCCAUACCUUAAAAUCAAAGAGGCAAUUGAUAAACCUAAAGAAUACGAUUUGGAAGAUUCAAAAAACAUUAUCAAGCGAAUUAGACGGAGGGAUCUAUACAAAUUUGUGGCUGAGUGUUUAAUCUCGAAAGAUCAUAAAAAAUUCGUUACGAAGUGGCUAGAAUUAAAUUACGGAAGAGGUGAUAAAAAUCCAGUGGAAAAGGUCACAUUCUAUGACAAGAAUAAUCGCAAUGAAACAUUCAAGAUUGCACGGGAGGACAUAGGUUAUCUUGUUCCAGAACAAUUUGAAGAAAUAGUACUGCGUAUUUUUGUACGCGAAUCCAAUGAGGAACAAAUCCAGUUGAUUAAAGAUAGUUUUGAAAAUCGUCAAAAAGUACGAAAGCACCACAUCGCUUCAUUUGAAGCUGAGUUUAAUGAUAUGUGA